GGAUCGUCCUCAUCUCUCAUCUCAGAUCAAAAUCGAUCGAAACUUGAAAAAGUUUCUCUCUCUCUCUCUCUCUCUCUCUCUCUCUCUCUCCCCGUUUCAUCCCCCCAAAUCCUAUUUAUUAACAUCCCCUGCCACUCCUCCCUCGCCUUCUCCCCCCCGCCCCCCCCAAUCCAAACUCUCUCCGGUGACUCCCCAUCUUCCCCCUAUAUUCUCUCUCUCUCUCUCUCUACUCGACAAUGCCCGUACCUCCAAGCUGAACGCUUUCCUUUUCACUCCGUCUUUAUAUACCCUUUCGUACAAGCAUAUUGUUGUACCCUACACGUAGAUAUUUAUGGUUGUAUAUCUUUAUCGCUCGUUACGUCAUACGCUGGUUGGGGAGAGUGAAGAGUGACUGAUUCGCGUGAAAUGCCGCUUGUUUUUCCUUCCGAUUUCUGCCUCGGGUUUGAACGUAUUAUUCGAGCUUCAUUUCAGAUCUGGAGAUGCUGAUUCCGUUUUCGGAGAGAGCUGACGGCGCAUUUGGUGUGCGAACGGUUGUUUUCGGAGCAGUGGACGAGAAACUAGGUUUUUAACCCGCGGGUCUGUGGUUUUGCUUGUUAGCGUGUUUGCGUGCUUGUAUUGUUUGGAUUCGAGCGAUGAAUCGGAGUUUUAGGGCUCAGGAGUCGCAAAUGCAGGCGCCCUCGAAGCAGAGGCAGCAGCAGGUAGGGAGCGUGAGGCCGUCGACGAUGAAGGAGAAGGAAGACGAGCUGGCGUUGUUCCUGGAGAUGCGAAAACGCGAGAAGGAACGGAACAAUCUUCUCCUUCACAACUCCGAAGAGUUCGAUGCUCCGUUAGGACUGAAGCCAGGCACUUCUCCGAUAUUCAACAUUACAUCAUCUACACCAGCACGGAAGCCUGGCGCGGAUGAUUUCCUGAAUUCUGACAAUGAUAAAAAUGAUUAUGACUGGCUUCUAACCCCUCCUGGUACUCCUCUUUUUCCUUCAUUGGAGAUGGAAUCACAGAGAACUGCUAUGAGUCGAAUUGGAACUCCAAAAGCUCUACCGACUGCGCUAAAAUCUAGACUUGCAAACCCCCAGCCAGAACCUGCUUCCCGGAGCAACUUAUCAUCUAGACAGUCAGCUCCAUCCCCUGGGUUGAAUAGCUCAAGUGCCGGAAUUCGAAGGCCCUCGUCUUCAGGGGGUCCUGGAUCAAGACCAGCAACACCAACUGGACGGCCCAUGUUGUCCUCAUCAGCUAAACCCACACUAAACGCAGCACCCAAAUCCACAUCGACUACAGCUUCUAAACCCACAUCUACUUCUGCGCCUAGACCUUCAAGGUCUUCUACUCCCACUUCUAGGUCUACAUUAACUUCAAGUAAGCCCGCCGCUCCACCUAGAUCCACAACGCCUUUGUCCAGGACUACUGCAAGAUCCUCGACACCCACUUCUAGACCCACCUUACCAGCAUCAUCUAAACCUACAUCUAGGGCACCAACACCAACUCGUAGACCAACCACUCUCUCUGCUAUAUCAAAUACAUCCACUCCUCAUGUUAAGUCUCCUCCUGUUACCAAGCCGGGUCCCACAGCCACAGCUAGAAAUCCGCCGCCGCGUGCUAGUUCUCCGACUGUGAAAUCCAGACCGUGGAAGCCUUCGGAGAUGCCUGGUUUCUCUCUUGAUGCCCCGCCUAAUUUAAGGACCUCACUCCCUGAUAGGCCACUUUCAGCAACUAGGGGGAGGCCUGGAGCACCUAGUGCCCGUUCUUCUUCUGUUGAGCCUGUUUCUAAUGGAAGGGUUAGACGGCAGUCGUGCUCCCCCUCAAGAGGACGACCCCCCAAUGGCGUUGUUCAUAGCAGUGGAGGUUCUGUUCCUGCAGCUAGUCGGUUGCAUGCUAAAGCAAAUGACAAUGUGAGCCCUGUUUUGAUUGGAACCAAGAUGGUUGACAGAGUGACGAAUAUGCGGAAACUGGUGCCACCAAAGCAAGAUGACAAACAUUCCCCUCUUAGUAACUUGUCUGGUAAAUCUUCAUCCCCUGACAGCGCGGGGUUUGGAAGGACACUCUCGAAGAAAUCUCUGGAUAUGGCCAUUAGGCAUAUGGAUAUAAGGCGGCACAUUCCAGGUAAUUUGAGGCCAUUGAUGACGAAUAUUCCAGCAUCGUCUAUGUAUAGUGUGAGACCGGGGCCUACACGAAGCAGGACAAUUAGUGUCUCGGACUCCCCGCUUGCAACAAGCAGUAAUGCCAGUUCUGAACCGAGUGUCAACAACAAUGGCUUCUGUGUAGUAGAUGGAAGGGAAUUCGAUGAUGAUGUAAGCAGCGAUAAGGGCCCUCGAUCCCCUUCCAAUGUACGGGGUAGGUGAUGGUUGGGGCUCUGUCAGUGUUUCCAUUGUGACCCGCUACGAUAUACCUGCUUCUCUGUUACACUCGUCAUUUGAUUUUGGAUCUCUAUCAGUAUGACUGUUGAAAGACAAUGGCUUGAGGAGAACUGAGGGUGACCCGGUUCCUACGACUUAAUGUAAAGUUGAAUGGAUUGAUUAUCUAAGUGAAUACGAUUUAACGUUGUUGUACUAUUAGAAUGCGGAUUUUGAUCCACUUUUGGGGACUCUCUUAUGUGCAAGGUGAUGUUUCUGAACUUAGUCUAGAAUGUUCACAAACACAAA